AUGAAUCUGUCGACGGAGCUCGCUUCCGGGGACGCGGCCGAAUUCCGUCGACUGCCAUUCGACCACUGCGCGCUGUCCUUCCAGCCCUUCGAAUUCCCCCUGUGCAACCAGGACGGAGUCAUCUACGAUCAAGCUAGCAUUUACCGAUUCAUCAAGCAGCAUGGGAUCGAUCCAGCAUCCGGAAAGAAAAUGGAUCGCUCAGCUUUAAUCAAGCUUAACUUCGCCAAGAACAAUGAUGGGAAAUAUCAUUGUCCAGUGCUUUUCAAAGUCUUCAAUGAGAACUCUCACAUCGUCGCGAUAAGGACUACGGGGAACGUGUUUUCGUACGAGGCAGUCGAGCAGCUCAACCUGAAAACUAAAAAUUUCAAAGAUCUCUUAGAUGACACCCCGUUCACUCGUGCAGACAUCAUCCAGCUCCAAGAUCCUCAGAAUUUACAAAAGUUCAAUUUGAACACCUAUUUUCACGUCAAAAAUAAUCUGAAAGCGGACCAGGGCAACGCUGAUAAGAACGAUUCGAGACGCAACUUGAAACAUGUUAAUAAUGUCACGAGAUCCGUGCUCGACAAACUCGACAAGGAAUACAAGGCUCCCGUGAGCUCGGAUUCUACCAGCCAAGCUGGUCCGUCGAGGGAUAAAUUCAAUGCUGCGCAUUUCUCAACUGGUACGGCAGCUGCUAGUUUCACGUCCACGGCCAUGACUCCGUCUACGAAAGUAGAAGCCGCGGUACUCGCGGAUGAUGUUGUUCGGUAUUCGAUGGUGAAAAAGAAGGGUUACGUGCAGCUUGCAACAUCCCAUGGAAACAUAAAUUUGGAGCUCUUCUGCGACGUCGUACCGAAGACCUGCGAGAAUUUCAUAGGACUAUCCGCGAAGGGCUACUAUGACGGAACGAUAUUCCAUAGAUCGAUACGGAAUUUCAUUCUCCAAGGUGGAGAUCCAACCGGUACCGGUACUGGGGGCGACUCGUUGUGGGCGGGACCUUCAAGGACGAAUUUCAUGCCCAUCUCGUACACCAAGGUCGCGGCGUGCUCAGCAUGGCGAAUUCCGGAGCCGAUACGAACAAAUGUCAAUUGUAGGUUCCUUUUCUUGAUUCGUCCGUCUCGUCUCAUGAUGGACUUCAUCACGUAUCGAUCCUGUCGUCACUUGGACAAGAAGCACACAGUGUUCGGCAAGGUAGUCGGAGGGCUCCCCACACUGCAAGCGAUAGAGGACAUCGAAACCGAUAACAAGGACCGACCGAUUGAAGACGUCCGUCUGAUCAAGGCGACAGUUUUCGUGAACCCAUUCGAAGAGGCCGAUGAAGAGUUAGCCAAAUUACGCGAGACGAAUCAGCAAGCUGAGCAACAGGCCGCAAAGCGAGAGAAAAUCUUGGAGGAACGGAAGAGAGACAAGAAAGUUUUCACCGCGGGCGUUGGAAAAUACAUCAAUCCCGAAUUGAAGAGGAAAAUAGCCGAGAAAGCGGUUCCGUCCUCCAGCCAGGUCAUAUCACAGAAGAAACCCAAACCGAGUUUCGAUUUCUCGAAGUGGUGA